UCUUCAUCUCUGCCUGUCGUCCUUCUUUUCCUUUAAGCCGUCCAAAUGAGAAGGGAUUUAUUUUCUUCUCUGGGCUGCAGAGCGGCAGCUGUGUCUUUAUUUGAACACUCUGGGCCGCUGACGAGCGGCACAACUUAUUUUCUAGCGCACUUUGACUGGCAGGUUAAAGGCGGCGUGCCCCCGGUUUGGCUUCACCUCAGUUUCUAACCGGCUUCGUGCACGUUUUAGGACGGGAGGACGGGCGCUGGUGCCCCGGAGUGAGGCAGGAAGACGGAGGACGACUUCUUUCUGUUUCAUCAGCAGCAGGGGACAGGAGAGCGGAGAAAGAUGCCCAAACCGAUCAAUGUGCGCGUCACCACCAUGGACGCUGAGCUGGAGUUUGCCAUCCAGCCCAACACAACAGGCAAACAGCUCUUCGAUCAGGUGGUGAAAACAGUCGGUCUGAGGGAGGUCUGGUUCUUCGGCCUGCAGUACACAGACAGCAAAGGCUACGUGACGUGGCUCAAGCUCAAUAAGAAGGUGACCCAGCAGGAUGUCAAGAAGGAGAAUCCGCUGCAGUUCAAGUUCAGAGCAAAGUUCUUCCCUGAGGAUGUUUCUGAGGAGCUCAUCCAGGAGAUCACACAGAAACUUUUCUUCCUGCAGGUAAAGGAGGCCAUUCUGAAUGAUGAGAACUACUGUCCUCCAGAGACAGCCGUGCUGCUGGCCUCGUAUGCUGUUCAGGCCAAAUACGGAGACUAUAACAACGAUAUUCACAAGCCUGGCUACCUGGCAUCUGACCGGCUACUGCCACAGAGAGUUCUGGAGCAGCACAAGUUGACAAAGGAGCAGUGGGAGGACAGAAUACAGACGUGGCAUGAGGAGCACAGAAGCAUGCUCAGGGAGGACGCGAUGAUGGAGUAUCUGAAGAUCGCCCAGGACUUGGAGAUGUAUGGCGUCAACUACUUUGAAAUUAAAAACAAGAAGGGCACAGAGCUGUGGCUCGGGGUCGACGCCCUGGGACUCAACAUCUACGAGCAUGAAGACAAGUUGUCACCAAAGAUCGGUUUCCCCUGGAGCGAGAUCAGAAACAUUUCCUUCAAUGACAAGAAGUUUGUCAUCAAGCCCAUUGACAAGAAGGCUCCAGACUUUGUGUUCUAUGCCCCACGGUUGAGGAUCAACAAGCGUAUCCUGGCGUUGUGUAUGGGAAACCACGAGCUGUACAUGAGGAGAAGGAAGCCUGAUACUAUUGAGGUGCAGCAGAUGAAGGCUCAGGCCAGGGAGGAGAAGCACCACAAGCAGAUGGAGAGGGCACAGCUGGAGAAUGAGAAGAAAAAGCGAGAGCUUGCAGAGAAAGAGAAGGAGCGAAUAGAGCGAGAGAAGGAAGAGCUGAUCGAGAGGCUGAGGCAGAUCGAAGAGCAAACUCAGAGAGCUCAGAAAGAGCUGGAGGAGCAGACCCGCAGAGCACUAGAGUUGGAGCAGGAGAGGAAGCGGGCGAAGGAAGAAGCAGAGCGGCUGGAGAGGGAGAGGCAGGUGGCGGAGGAGGCCAAGACAGCGCUGGCUCAGCAGGCCGCUGACCAGAUGAAGACCCAGGAACAACUGGCUGCUGAGUUAGCAGAAUUCACUGCCAAAAUUGCUCUGCUUGAGGACGCAAAGAGAAAAAAAGAAGAGGAAGCAACAGAAUGGCAACACAAAGCUCUGUCAGCACAAGAGGACCUGGAGAAGACCAGGGAAGAACUUAAGACGGCCAUGACAUCUCCACCGGCGCCAGAAAACGACGAGCAGGAUGAAACGAACGCCGAGGCCAGUGCCGAGCUUCUCAGCGACGGCGUCACCAGCCACCGCAGCGAGGAGGAACGAAUCACUGAGGCGCAGAAGAACGAACGUGUUAAGAAACAGCUACAGGCUUUGAGUUCGGAGUUGGCGGAGGCUCGGGACGACACCAAGAAAACGCAGAACGACAUGCUACAUGCCGAGAACGUCAAAGCGGGCAGAGACAAGUACAAAACCCUACGGCAGAUCCGCCAGGGCAACACCAAGCAGCGUAUAGAUGAGUUUGAGUCCAUGUGAGCCAGAAACGUGGAUGGACACGACACUGAAAAGAGACUGUUUGGUCUCAUUGCCAUGUCAACGCCUCACUCUCCUUGUAAAGCCCAAAACCUGCUGCCACUGCAGGAUAGCUUACCUUUUCUCUACCCCGGAGAAAGAUGGGAUAGCGGGCUUCGUAGCUUCAACCUCGCCAAAGCUCUGCCUAGCAGCGGCUGGCCAGCCACAUACUCAGCUUUCUGCUUUUUAGAGCUCUGCCCUCGCCUCGAUGAAGCACACGUCUUUUAAUAAAUCUGGACAAAUAGCAAGCAACGUGUCGUCUCCCUGUACAUUACUAGCAAUUUAAAAUGCUUGCAUGUUUGAUAAUUAAACAAUAUCGCAACCUUUAGACAAAACGUGACUGUUCCGAAAUGGUUUCUUUUAUUCAACAAAAUAAAAGGAUCAUUUGUAGCUAUAGCUUAUUGAUGUUGGGAGUUCGCUUUAAUCUGUACCUUUAUUUUGUCUUCAGCAGAACAAUUUAAAUUUUUUUUUAAAACUG